AUGGCUACCACGGGAAAGUCUGCAACGCUGGAAGACGCCCGUCGUGGUACGGGGUCUCCGAAGAUGAAGGGACGAGAGAACGCCAAAGAUACGCUGUGUCGCAACGUGACCAUAUAUGGCCGAUGUCGCUACGAAGAUAAAGGGUGCGCCUUCAAUCACGACCCGCAUAAAGUGAAUUCAGGAUAUCAAUCAGACAGUAAUAAGAAACGUCUGAACGUCGACUCCCCUAGUUUUACCCCAUCCAUAUUGUCGUCGAACGGAUCAUCGCCCACUUCCCAAUCAGCAACCAUGAAGAAAAUGGCUACGAUCUCGCCCAAGGCUGCGAGCGCAGCUCCCUUCCAACCUAGAAGUAUAUCAUCACGAUCCAACUCCAGCACCCCUACUACUCGCCCGGGUACAAUGACUCCCGAUUGGUCUGUGGCAGAGGUACAAGAAUUUGUACCUCAGGGAUUUGAUACUGCACAUAUAGGCUCCCUGCAAGGUAAUGGGACUGCCGGUGUUCCCAGCACGAGCGCUUUCGACCCUUUUGUGACCGCCCCGAAUCCCCUCUCCGCCGCAAACGCCGUCGGCCCGGUGCAGGCCAAUCCUUUCUCGCAUGACACUGCUGCAGCGUUGAACGGAGCAGCGUUCUUCGCCAACCAGUCUGGAUUCCAGCAGCCAGUCCAAUAUCACAUGUAUGCCCCGAUUGGGCCUCACAGUCAGAAUACGUUAGGCUAUCAGCGAAACGUACACGACCUUUUCCUCCCUAAUGACCUACGGGAGGAAAUGCAGAAGAAGGCAGCAGCCACGCUCCAGACACUGCCAAAUACUCAGCUCCCAGCUCAGGUCGAUUACUUCCACUCUCUUGUCCCGCUCGAUCUCAACCAUCAGAAGAACGCUACCAUCUUUGGCUUCCCCAGCUGGGUGUACAAAGCCCAGUCCAGUAAGGACGGAAACUUUUACGCUCUCCGGAGACUCGAGGGUUUCCGGUUGACGAACGAAAAGGCCAUCCGCUCCGUGCAAGCUUGGAAGCGUGUCUGCAACGGUAGUGUCGUGACAGUCCACGAUGCGUUUACUAGCCGAAGCUUUCAGGACAGCUCCUUGAUCUUUGUCACCGACUAUCACCCAUUGUCGAAGACGCUGGCUGAACAGCACCUUGGCGCCGGAAACCGGUUCCAAGGUCGCCAUAACACGCACAUCCCGGAACAGGUUCUCUGGGGUUACAUGACUCAGAUUGCCAAUGCUCUGAAAGCGAUCCAUGCCAGUCAAUUGGCUGCCAGGAUCAUUGACCCAAGCAAGAUCCUUUUGACCGGACGGAACCGCAUUCGUCUCAACGCCUGCGCCAUAAUGGAUGUGGUUCAAUUCGACACUCAGCGAUCUCUGGCCGAACUGCAGCGGCAGGAUUUGGUCAACUUUGGACAGCUCAUCGUCACCCUGGGCGCCAACCAGCCCAAUGUAAUGCACAACCCUACCAAGGCCAUGGAGCACUUCACACGCGCAUACACUGCGCAGCUGAAAAACUCGGUCUUCUGGCUGCUGAACGGGCUCCAGAAGGACCAGGAAAGGAAUAUUGACAUUUUUAUCACCGGCAUCUCAUCGACACUGAUGUCGACGUUCGACUCCGCCCUUCACCUCGACGACCAAUUGACCUCCGACCUGAGUCGCGAACUCGAGAACGGCCGCCUCGUCCGGCUCAUGACGAAGCUGAACUUCAUCAACGAGCGACCCGAAUACGAGCACGAUCGUCAAUGGUCCGAGAACGGCGAGCGGUACUUCUUGAAGAUCUUCCGCGAUUACGUCUUCCACCAGGUUGACGCGCAGGGCGAUCCAGUCGUCGACCUGGGCCAUGUGCUCAUGUGCCUGAAUAAACUGGACGCAGGCACCGACGAAAAAAUCACCUUGAUCAGCCGCGACGAGCAGAGUUGCUUCGUGGUCAGCUAUAAGGAGCUGAAGAAAGCUCUGGAAUCGUCUUUCCAGGCGCUGCUGAAGCCUUCGGCCAGUAGGAGGCUGCAUUGA